AUGGCAGACUGGUCUUUCUAUGACUACAGUCCCAGCAAAGUGGGAGCGAUUAUUGCACUGAUCUGCUACGGAGCCAGUGCUGGCUACCAUAUAUUUCAGCUAGUCGCGAUGAAGUGCUUCUUUUUCACGACAUUCAUCGUUGGGGCACUCAUGAUGACGUUGGGCUACAUAUUUCGUGCCGCUUCAGCAGCGGACACCACAGCUAUGGGCCCGUAUAUUGGACAAAAUGUCUGCAUUCUACUCCCGCCCUCUCUUUAUGCUGCUACGAUAUACAUGAUAUACGGACGUAUCGUUACCUACGCCGGAGAGCCAUCAUUAUCCAUUGUAUCACCACAAAAGGUUACCAAGAUAUUUGUGAUUGGAGACGUUCUUGCGUUUCUGACACAAGCCUCCGGUGGAGGUAUGAUGGCGAUUGCCUCUAUGUCGAAGAUGGGACAGAGGAUUACAAUCGUAGGCCUUUUCAUUCAACUUUUCUUCUUCGGGGGAUUUCUUACGAUCGCGAUCAUAUUUGGGCGGCGAGUUCAGCAGACCAAGACUGCGCUACGUAACUUGCCAUAUGGAAAUUUGCUCUUUGUUCUAUUUGCUGUAUCAGGAUUGAUUAUAAUUCGGUGUUUUUAUCGAAUUAUCGAGUUCUGCCAAGGGAAUGACGGGUACAUGAUGGGCCACGAGGCAUUCAUGUACGUGUUCGACACGAUUCCAAUGUUUGUCGUUCAAGCUGUCUUUCAUUUUUUUCACCCUGGGAAGGUCCUUGUUACAAGGAGUUAUACUGGACUUGGAAUGGAGAUGCGGUAA